AUGAAACAGCAAGGUAUCAAGCACAUAAGGAGUGCGCCUUAUCACCCAUCAACAAAUGGUUUGGCCGAGAUAUUCGUGCAGACAUUUAAGAAUGCCAUGCAAGCUAGUGAAAAUGAUGGACACACUCUAAUCACUAGACUCAGUACAUUUUUGGGAAGGUAUCGAGCAACUCCGCAUGCAACUACUGGUCGUUCACCAAGUGAACUCUUUUUACAAAGGAAAUUCCGUACCAAACUCGAUCUGCUCAAAUCGGAUGUAGUAACCACUGUGCAGGACAAGCAACUUGAACAGAAGAAAUACCAUGACCAGCACUCCAAAUUGAGGUCAUUCACAUUGGGACAAACUGUCACUGUGAGAGACUAUCUCUCAUCGAAGAAAUGGAUGUCAGGGGUGAUUGCAAGUAUACUUGGACCGACUAUGUAUAAAGUUAAGCUGUCGAAUGGGAACGUUGUUGUCAGACACAUCGAUCAGAUGCGUGACCGUCAGUUUGCAGACACAGAAGAAGAAAACCCAUUCGAGUAUUUCACAAGUAGAGCUGAAAUGACUGGAAGUGAAUCAUCGAUCGAAUCACCUCGCAAUUCACCACCUCAGCGAAAGACCUACCCAAGACGAGAUCGCCGCCCAGUCGAACGCUUAAUGUACCCUCCCCUACUUAAAGGGGGAGGAAUGUGGUAA